AUGUUAAAUAGAUAUUUUAACAUUUUGGAAAAAUUUACAAAUAAUAUAAUCGCAAAUAAUGAUAUAAACAAUGAAACUAUAACUAUUAAAUGGUAUGGUUCAGUAAUAUCCAGUAGUAAUACCAUUUGGGCAAAUUCUAAUUGGUAUCAGCAAGCAGUUUUUGAUAAUAUUUCAAUUAAUAUGCAUAAUAAUGAAAUUGAAAAUUACAUUACUAGCAAUGGCAUGUGUUUUGGAAAGAAAAAUUGUCGGAGGAUUAACUGUAAUAACAAUAUGGGAUCCUUGUUAGGAAAAUUGGGAUCUAGGGGAUCCACCAAUCAGGAUAGGUCGUGGGAAGUUAAUCUUGAAUGGACCCCUUGA